AUGUUUUCAAAACCACUGUGGACGCUGAAUAUUUUCCAGAAUCAAAUUGUGCUAUCUUCUUUCGCUCAAAUAAUGAAGUUGACUGAGGAAGAACCAUCAAUUACCAAACAAACAAAGAUUUAUCGUAAUAACGGCCCACAAUACAGAAAAUACUUUGAUGAUUCUAUGCGAAGCUUUCUUAAUAACACAUCAUUAGAAAGUGAGUUAAGAAAGCUUCAAGCGAAGCUUGAAGAAUCAACAAGUUUGCUAAGGGGAAUGAUUUCAAAGGCAGCAGAUUUAGCAGGUCUAGAAAGAAGUGUAAUGACUGAUUACAUGGACAAAAAUGGCGAAAAAAGAAAUCAUCUGCUGUGGAUGGACUUUGUGAAAGGAAAUUUUGAAACUACCGCAGAAAAUCUGAAAGAAAGAAACCUGGCUUUUCUACCAGAAGCGUCGUCAUCAAAAAAGGAAUCAACUAUCACCCCAGAAGAAUACGAAUAUAGAACUUGCUCUAUAUCUUUAAAAAGAAUAAGAAAAGACUUGUCUAUAGACAUUACAGAUAUAAUAGACAAUAAAAUGAAAGAAUCAACUAUCAAAUUAAGCGACUACUGCUGUAGAUUCUUUUCUAUUAUACAAAUGAUGGCCUUGACAAUAAAAACCAUAUAUUUAUUACAAGAAAUGGCCAAAUGGUGCUACAAGAGACGCAAAGGAUCAGAUGGCGUCAAUAUUGCCAGCUUUGCCUCUGUUAACUGA